CACAGCAGCACAGUCAGCACAGUCAGCACAUGAUGAAGGUUCUUCUCAUCUCUGUCGCAGGGAUUUUGUCGUUGUUUGUUUGCGAAGCGUCACCACCGAAUUUCAUCAUUAUCUUUGCGGAUGAUUUAGGGUUUGGAGACUUGGGAUGUUAUGGUCAUCCCAGUUCACUGACUCCGAAUUUGGACCGACUUGCCAUGAAUGGACUUCGUUUCACAGACUUCUACAGCGCCAGUCCGCUCUGCAGCCCGUCCAGGGCCUCGCUCCUGACGGGACGGUACCCAGUCCGGUCUGGCGUCUAUCCAAAAGUUUUUGACGCUGGGUCCAUAGGGGGUCUUCCACUAAAUGAGACCACCAUCGCUGAAGUCCUGAAGCCCCGGGGUUAUGCUACUGCUUUAGUGGGGAAGUGGCACCUGGGAGUCGGGGCCAAUGGCAAGUUCCUUCCAACCAAUCAGGGGUUCGACCAGUUCCUGGGGAUCCCUUACGCCCAUAACAUGGGUCCCUGUCACAAUCUCACCUGCUUCCCCCCGGAUGUUAAGUGCUCCGGCUUUUGUGAAGUCGGGACCGUGCUGGUACCACUGAUGCGAAAUGACACCGUCAUACAACAGCCGGUCGACUUCCUAACUCUGGAGCAAAAAUACAGCGACGUUGCCACCACGUUCAUCGCCACAGCAGCCGAGAAGCAGCAGCCUUUCUUCCUCUUCCACUCCUCACAACACACUCAUGGCCCUCCAUAUGCAGGAGUCAAGGCUGCAGGUCGAUCUCUGAGAGGGCCUUUUGGAGACGCUCUGCUGGAGUUUGAUCAAACUGUGGGAGACAUCUUAGCGACUCUGGAGAGGACGGGAGUGAUCAACAACACGCUGGUCUUCUUCACUUCUGAUAAUGGACCAUCAUUGGUGUCAUACGGAGGGAACUCAGGACUUCUGAAAUGUGGGAAAGGAACCACGUACGAUGGUGGUAUGAGAAUGCCUGCAAUAGCCUUCUGGCCAGGAGUCAUUAAACCUGGCGUGACUCACGAGCUGGCCAGCACUCUUGACCUUCUCCCGACUAUCACGACGCUGGCAGGAGCCAAACUCCCACAGGUGCAGCUGGACGGUGUUGACAUGGCCAAUAUUCUUUUCAAUCACACACGGAGUGAAAGAGAGACGAUGAUGUUCUACCCGACUACUCCACCUCAGCAGUACGGCCUGUUUGCAGUCAGAUGGGGAAAGUACAAGGCACAUUACUACACCAGUGGUUCCGAAUUCAGUGACAUGUCACCCAACCCUGACUGCCCCCCGUCAGCCAAAGUGAAGUCCCACGAUCCCCCACUUGUGUUCGACCUGGAGGCGGACCCUUCAGAGAACUUCCCUCUCACCUUGGACGAUACGCCGGACCUGCUGGCUCUGGUGGAGAAGAUCAAAAGGGUGAAGGAAGAGUUUGAAGCCACCAUGGAGUUCGGAGAGAGCCAGAUACUGAAGGGGACGGAUGUAGAGUUGGAGCCCUGCUGCAACCCUCGGUGCACUCCCAAACCCACUUGCUGCCACUGCUGAAGGUCCUGACCCACCAUACAGUUCUGACUGUUGAUUGUUGGUCCUGAGAAGAAGCGCAGAGAACAAAAGCUGAUGAUGUGUUUCUAUUAUCAUCCUCAUACAUUGUUACUUACAUGCUCUUAAACACUGUUUUGCAGCAAGAAUAAACAGUGCUCUUUAAAGACGUUACUGUCACUGUUGACUCUUUCAGCAGGUCUAUUAAAGUCA